AUGGCACUGGCUGAUGUUUGUGUCCAGGGCUCCAAGCUCAGCCAUAUCCAGGGGCAACCAAAACUCGCGGUCUUACUUGCAUCCACAACUUACGGCAGGGUGAUACAACCAAGACUCGAUCUCAAAGCAAAGUCCGAAUCUCGGAUCUCCCCUCACGAGGAAAUAGCCGCCGGUGAACAACUUGUUAACGCCGAUCGGACCGUCCUUGAGGACUUGGGAAUUUACAAUUCCCCACAACAUUCCAUUGACCAAUCGGAGACUGACCACCGGAUGACAGAUGGUUGUGACAACAUCCAUCCUAACGUCGCUGCGCCGCUGCAACCCUCCCUUACCAAAUGCCGCAGGACAAUUCCGCUCUCCCCCCCACCGAGGGCGACCCUAAGACAACACGCAAACUGGGCCAAGAUAUUUAUCAUCAAACAUGUCCCCCUCGAGAUCAUGUCUUCGUCCACACAUUUCGACUCUAACGUCCAGGUAACCGAGUCGACCGAGUCCUGUCCGACUGAGGGUUUGGCUACGCCUGGGCUAUCGGCGAUGGUUUUCGGCCCUGCGUACGGUGGAUAA